CAAGUCCCUACAGACAGCGAGAGGCAGAGAGGAAGUGUGCAAGAGUCAGAUAAGAAAGAAACAGCACAACAUGUUAAGUUUUGAUAUAACUCGUACUGCUGCAGCCACCCCACGCUGACAUCGUACCUUGAAACCAAGAAAUGAAUAUCAUUACACAGAUGCUGUUACCUCCCCCAAAUGAAACACAUCUUAUAAUAAAGAGUAUUAUUAACAACAACCUCAAGAAGCUCAAAGAAUUAGUAAAGGAAACCAACAUUAAUGAACUUUACCCAUGCAAAGAAGUUAAUGACUAUAUAAAUCCACUGAUAGCUGCUGUUGUAAAUCACAAAGUGGAUAUUUUGACAUUCCUUUUGCAUCAGGGUGCUGACCCAAACGAGGUUUCCACUAACGGCCUUACACCUCUGCAUUAUGUAUCACUAUCCAAAGCACCAGCUAUUUACGUACAGAAACUGCUUGAAGCCAAAGCUCAUCCAAAUGGAUCGAAUCCAAUGUUUACCCCUCUGCAAACUGCUGCCAUCCAUGACAGGGACGAUGUCUUCAGAGUUCUCCUUUCAGCUGGAGCAAUGGUAAUGUUGUUGACUGGGGCUCAAUAUAAAUGUCACAAUGAAAAAAUAUCUCAGAUGACUCAUGACCUUGCAUCGAGGGGAGAUAAAUUGUGCUCCAAAAUCAGAUAUUUCCUAGAUAUGGGAAUUGCUGUGUCAGAAAAAACACCUGAAGCAGUGUUCAAAAUGUUUGACAGUCACAUGCUGUUGCAGGAUCCUCAGACCCAUCUGACAAUGAUUGAAAGACUUUUUAAUGUAACUGGGCUAGAUGCAGAAAAAUACAAGCAGCUAAGUAUCAAAUGGCUGAAGGACACUGGAAAUCUUGACCCCUACAUUGCAGAUGCCGUCAGUCGCUUUCCAAACAUUCUCCAGGACUAUGUUGAAUUCUCAAUGGCCACUUUACAUGCAGUUUUUUGCACUCUUGAAGAUAUACCAAAUGAGCAAGCUUUGGGUAUAAUUGCCCAACUACUGAACCAGCUUAGCUCAAAAGAGAGACCUGAUAUAUGGCCACCUGUUUUGUCCACUCUAUAUGUGAUAACACAGAAGACAAAAGGCAGAAAUAGCUGGGAUCAGAACUUUGUUGAGAAGAUAUGCAAGACAAUCGCUCCUUUUGUAGAGAGCCGAAACACCUUGGACAUAAGACUUCUCACAUACGGCACAUUCGCAAACUUACUUUCAGUUAAACAUGCAACCAGCAUCUUUGCAUCAGUGGAAAUAACUUCAGUGCCUGAGGACAUACUGAUGUCUGCAGAAAUGAAUACAAAUGAGAAGCUGAAAGAAGUGCUUAAGCAACUGAAAGAUCAUCUCAGCAAGCCAAGCAUGGACUCUGAGGACUCCACAGUCUUACCUGAAUCCAAAAAGAAGAAGAAGAAGAAAAAGAAAAACAAACAACAGUCAGAAAAUCAAGAAGAACCAAAUGAUGAAGUUUGCAAUGCUUCAUCUAAUCCAACAGUAGGCCCUGUUGAGGAGACCACUUCAAAUGUGAAGCCAGUCCAUGUCCAAACUACUAAAUCAAUGCCACGCAGAUGGGAACAAAGCAGCGUGAGGUGGAGAGAAAAGUUAGAGAAGCUUGUGAGUACUGAUGAAGAAGUGAGCAGAAUUGGGAGCAUGAUAUAUGUAAAUAAAGAAGAAUUCCGCAUAGCAAAAGGGAGUGACGGUACCCAAGUCUUCUUGGGGCUGAGAGAUGAUGGCACUGAAGUUGCUAUUAAGAAAAUAUACAAAUGCAACUAUCAGUUGCUGAAGCAUGAGGAAGGAUUUCUACGGCUUCCAGAGCUUGACCAUCCAUCCAUUGUGAGAUACAUUGACCAAUCGGAGGAUGACAACUUUGGAUAUCUUGGUCUUCAACUGUGUGAAUACACCUUGGAAGAAUACAUAAAAACUCAGGAUGAUAGUCACUUGAGAAAGAAACUUGUCUAUCAAGUUCUCGAAAGUUUAAGGGUGCUUCACUGUCAAGAUCCUCCCAUUCUCCACCGAGACCUCAAACCACAGAAUGUUCUGAUCGAUGUGAAGAGGAGGGCACGAUUAGCUGAUUUUGGCAUCAGUAGACGGUUACCCAAAGACCAAACAUCUUAUCGCACUUCCAGAGCAGGGACAAGAUGUUGGAUGGCCAAGGAGACUUUAUCAGAAGAAGACGACACUAAGAUACCAUACAAGCCAAACUGUGAUAUACAGGUGGCAGGGAUGGUGAUUUAUUAUAUCCUCUCUGGAGGGCACCAUCCUUUCGGUGACAAACCCCAUAAAUGUGAGAACAACAUUGAUGAAGGGAACUACACUUUGGACCAUGUUCGAGACGUGUUGGCAAAAGACCUCAUUGAGUGGAUGAUUGAUGCAGAACCAAAGAACAGACCUAAAGUGGAAGAAUGCUUGAGGCACUCCUUCUUCUGGACCCCUGACAGGAGAAUAGAAUACUUGAGAAAAAUGGGAAACAGGAAGGAGGCAGCAAACUGUCGAAAUGCUGACCAGGAAUUAAUUUCUUCACUGGAGAAAUGCGCUGGAUCCUUCAAACAGUGGAAAGAUAAGUUUCCAAAAGAGUUGCUGAAGAAAAUGGAUGGCAAGAAGAAAUGCUACCCUGAGAACACGUUGGGAUUACUGCGCUGCAUACGAAACCUCCAGGACCACUAUCAGGUUGAUGCAGCUCAAGUUGAUGUGAUGGAGAUAUAUCCUGACCUCUUCGGAUGUGUUUACAAGUUCGCGAAGACUCAAGGGUGGAAUUCAGAGACCCCGUUGAAGGAAAUGUUCCUUAGAGAAGACAUCAGCACCAGCUUUACAUCCACAAGCCCUGAGGAGCCUCUGUCUGUCCCCGUACAAGAGUCUCAACUCAGCGACUUGAAGUGAAGAAGUACUUGAGUCUUGUAAGGAGUCAGAGAAUAAAAGUACAAGCAAUUCUGAUGCAAUGGUUUUUAACUGUUACUGUAUAGUUUCCAAUCUGAAUACGCCUGUAAGGCUUUGCAUGUGCAUUGUACAUAGGAACUAAAGGCUGACAGUAAGAGUGUAUUGUAGUUCAAUUUUAGGGACCUUUUACCUACAUUUAAAAAAAAAAAAAAUCACUUUUUAAAACAUUAUUAUGAUGAACUAUACUGUAUUUGCAACAUUAUUUAUUCAUGGCUUCAGUCUAUUUAUUUGAUGACUUAUUACACACAUGACAUAUGGUAAAUACAAACAUCAGGAAAUUGAAAAAGUUAAAUCACUGAAUUUUCUGCAUCUCAAAUUAAUAACUAUAUAUAUAUUUAAACAUUCUACUGUUGACAUUUUUUUUCCACUAUAGUUUUUUUUAAAUCACAUUUAAAUGUUAGAAUAUUUUAUAAUUUUGUAUUACCAUGGUAUUGCUAUAAUAUGUUGGGGGAGCAGAAAGUGAGGGAGUUGAUGUACUGAACUCUGAACUAUACAUACAUAGACACUGAUAGAAGCUCUUUAUGUGUUUCAGUGAUGUCACGGAAACCUACAUACACUGUUGUACUAAUAGAAUCAUCUAACUUUCUCUUUUUCAACUACAACUUUAAAAGGCUCCUCACUGAAGAAGUGAUAUCUCAAAUGUAUGAACAAAAUAAAAAUACAUCAUUUGUUUGUCUACAAAUGAAGGAAACAAUGUGUUUAUGUAAAUAUGUUCACUCUAGUUGAGAGGCUUUUUCCAUCUCAUUCUCUUCUUACUAAUACUGAAUGUUAACUUACAAGCUACAACAUGUACAUACAACAUGGACUGCAAUGCCACUAACUGUUUGUCACACAAAACCUGAACAGAACUUUGCACUUACUUAAAAAAAAAACAAAAAAAAACAUUACUGCAACUUGCAAGUGCAUGACAUUCAAAAAAGGGUGUUUAUUCAAUUAUUUUUUAAAUGGACCUAACAAACUCAGAAGUCUACAAGUGCUUCUCCUCAUUAAGAGAAUGGUAUUGUAAUAAAAAAU